CUGUGCUCCCCCAUCCCAACGCUUUGGUUCCUCCCACCCAGCAGUCUUUGAGGGACGUUGGGUGAAACCAUUUUGGGUCGCGGGGGAGCCGCGCUUGGCCCCUUGGGCGAUGGGCGGAGCUUGGGCCUAGGACGGGAACCCGGUGCUGGAGCCACUGGCCUGGAAGAGCAGAGUUGCUGAGAGUGUUGGUGAUAUUGCUGUUUACAACCCCUUCCACCUUUCAGCGGGCCUGUCUGCCAUCCGCUAUGCCGCUGCCCGUUGCGUUGCAGACCCGCUUGGCCAAGAGAGGCAUCCUCAAACAUUUGGAGCCUGAACCAGAGGAAGAGAUCAUUGCUGAGGACUAUGACGAUGAUCCUGUGGACUAUGAGGCUACCCGGCUGGAGGGCCUGCCACCAAGCUGGUACAAGGUGUUUGACCCUUCCUGCGGACUUCCUUACUACUGGAAUGUGGACACAGAUCUUGUGUCCUGGCUUUCCCCACAUGACCCCAACUCUGUUGUUACCAAAUCCGCCAAGAAGAUCAGGAGCAGUAAUGCAGACGCUGAGGAGAAGCUGGAUCGGAGCCAUGAGAAAUCAGACCGUGGCCACGAGAAAUCAGACCGAGGUCAUGAGAAGUCAGACCGCAGCCAUGAGAAGUCAGAGCGGAACCAUGAGAAGUCUGACAGGGACCGGGAGCGUGGUUAUGACAAGGUAGAUAGAGAGAGAGAGCGAGACCGGGACCGGGACCGUGGGUAUGACAAGGCCGACCGAGAAGAGAGCAAAGAACGGCGCCAUCAUCGCCGGGAGGAGCUGGCUCCCUACCCCAAGAGCAAGAAGGCAGCAAGCCGAAAGGAUGAAGAAUUAGACCCCAUGGACCCCAGCUCAUACUCAGAUGCACCCCGGGGCACGUGGUCAACGGGACUCCCCAAGCGGAAUGAGGCCAAGACAGGUGCAGACACGACAGCAGCUGGGCCCCUCUUCCAGCAGCGCCCUUACCCCUCCCCAGGGGCUGUUCUCCGGGCCAAUGCUGAGGCCUCCCGAACCAAGCAGCAGGACUGAACCUCCCCCCACCCCCACCCCCACUGGGGUUUUUAAUAAAAGCUUUUCAGUGGA